AUGCUCUGGAGGCACAUCCUUUACCACCCACAGGAUUUUGGAGUUGUUGCUGUAGGGAUUAUUCUCCUGCCUGCCGUCCUCAUUAAUCCGGGAUUUAUAUUGUCUGAUGCUAGGAAAAUGCAUCUCGUUUAUUGGAAUACAUCCAAUCCGUUGUUUCGAGUAAACACUCCAAAAGAUCUACGUGUAUCAGUUGAUGACCAGAUUGCCUUUAUCUGUCCAAAUCGAGUGCCUCCUACUAAUAAAGUGUACUGGACAACCGACGUGAGUUUUUACAAAACAUGCCAACAGCCGAUUGACCACCUCAGUCUUAUCCACCUCCUCGUCGACUGCUCCCUGAAGCCACCCGCGCACCACCUACUGAUUGACAUUUCUGUGCUGAUCAACCAGCUGCCGCCUGCGGAUGUGGUGGAGCAAACUAAAAUUUACUUUAUGGGCAACCGAGACCGCACUCUGCAAGUUCAAAAAUAUGCACAUGAAUGUUACUGUCGUCAUUCCAGAAAGGAGACAAUCAGAACGGUAAAGACUACUUUUAUUGCAGUUCCGGAGGGGCGAAAUAUAGCUCUAGCAGAUUCUGCCAACAUAGCACAAGAGGACAUCUUUCACAUCCCUUCGCCAAAGCCGACCCUCACCGACUUUGGCAUUUCCGUCAAUCCAAGAAGCAGUCGGUUCGUCGGUCUCCUUGUAGCCUACAUUCUCAUCACCCUCCUAGUGGUGUACAUGGUAGUCUGUGCAGUCUGCUUCCAGCCGCGCAAGUGUCUCAGUCUUGUUGGUCGCGAUGCCGACGGAGAGAGCGAGUCCGUUUCUUCACCGCCACAACCGCAACCGUCCGUCAGACCACCACGCGGUCGCCGAUUCACUUGGCGGUGGUUCCAGCCUCGAGCCUCUACCAGUCAGGCAGCCGAUAUGCCACUUGUUCUUCCGCGCACCAAUCCGCACUUCUCCCGGUCCGUGAAUGGAGAGCGGUUCUUGCACUACCCGGUGCAUCGUCGUCCCGCGCCCAACCUGCCACCAGCGGCAGUGGAGCCGCCCACCGAGAACUGGGCCUCCUCCAACUCCCCUCACCAGCCCCACCAUCAGUCCCUGCGCCACCAGCGACCCAUGAUAGUGGAUGCCGCUUGGAAUCGUGUGAACGAGAUAGACCCACCGCUGCCGCCCCUUGGAGCGCCAAUUUCAUACUAUGACUAA